GGUCGGAGCACAUCACAUGCGCUCGUCAGCAGCCGCACACGCACUACCAUACUCUCGCGCGGCGGCCGUCCGUCCCGCUCCGUCUCGUCACGUCUCGAACUCGGUCGAUCUACCAGAAAAAUUAUAACAUUUAUCAGUUAUCACAACUACGUAUGUGUUUAUAAAACGUCGUUAACGGAUAUGUAGUAUUUCGUGGUCUUAACGACGCCGUGUACCUCUGUACGAUGUAUAAUAACAUGUUGUAACCUCAUUCAUAUUGGGUCUCGACUCGCGGGGAAAAUCGUUUAAAUUGUACGACAUUUUCCGACCACAAACGUUUAGUGCGGUUCACGGGGCUGUACUAUGUAAUACGGGACCGUCGCUUAUAGUAAGCGCUGCGAAUGUUUUUUGUCCUAUCUCGCCGUACUAUUUUCAUUUAAACAUAUAAUAUUACAUUUUCACCGUUUGCUCGUUUUUGUUUAUGUGCGCUCGGAUAAGACGUGUUUGUGUGUGUGUGUGUGUGUGUGCCCUUUGCAGCGGUCGCAUAAAUGGUCAGGAAACCGAAAGACGCCAACAUGAUAUCGGCGAAACCUAAUAGCAAAAUGAACGAUCAUGUGGCUCGGCUGCGGGUGGUGCAAGAGGUGUCAUCUCGAAACAGUUCAGCCAGCUGGAAUAGUUCGUGUACGUUUUCGACCGAGCAGAGUUUUCAAGAUCAACCAAGACCUCCGGUGUACAACGUAGAAGACUAUGCCGGAUCCUUGCGAAAAUUUGGAAAGCGAGGGCCUGCGUCUGACGUUAACAAUGGUGACUCGUCUGAACCUAAAGAAACCGAAAUGACUCUAAAAGAAUUCACGUCAGCUACUGAGCUACUGGAAAAACUGAAUUCUGACCUAAAACUUGCAUAUUUCAGCUUCGUACAAGAAUUCGUCGGUGACCCAAUAGACGGAGUCACGCUGUUGCUGGAACUCCUGAAAACAAUCCAACAAAACGGCACACAAACAAAGUGCACGCCGGCAAACCAGCGCCGUAUCGCAUUAGACGAAAACGCGUGCCUGCAAUGUUUGAAGUAUUGCAUGCGCUGUCAGGAUGCGGCUAGGAAAUUGGCGAUAUCUCCUGCCGGAUUGUACACGCUUGCCGCGUGCAUCAUGAGCACUGUCAAUCAAUCUCGUCUGUUGACUCUGGAGUUACUAACCAAGGCAUGCUGUGAAUCGGGUACGGUAGAUGGACACAAUACGGUUUCGGAUGCGAUGAGUACGAUGCGACUUAGAUUUGCUGAGCCCGUCAGGUUUAGAUUUUUAGUGGGAAUGAUGUCCGGUAGCGGCAGUUCCGGUAUGGAACUGCUGUUGGCUGGUUUAAAGUUUAUAAACGCCUUCACAGAAACGUGUCCGGAUCUUCAGACAAAGUUUUAUGUGCAAGCCGAACUCAAACAAGCUGGUUUCAAACCUGCAGCUAUAUUAAAAAAUAUUUCCAACAAAUCUCCACUAUUGAGCUCCGUCUCUGAUGAGAUAUACAGGUGGCAGAAAAAUUUCAUAAAUGUUGAGUCAUUAAAAAGACAGCACGACGAGGUAAUCAGAGAAGCUAAGUCUCUUAGAGAGAAAGUAACCAUGCUAGAAAAAAAAAUUCACAUUCUCCAAGAAGAGAAACGUGUAAUUUCUUCACGCAAAGACCACGUGGACAGCUCACAAAAAAAUAAAAUUGAAGGCGGAGGAAAUUCUGCUGAAGAUGAAGGUAUCAGUUCUUCCGAACAAGAUGACUGCGAAGAGGAAGUGUCGGCAAAGAAAGUAAAGGUUCCCUACAAGAUGUACAGUGUAUCACAAGGUGACACGACCAUCGAGGAAGUGCUCGAAGACUUCGACAAGGUUAUAAACGAUGCGUCCACCGAGUCAGGUGAUGGACGGAAGAUGUCUUCAGUAAGCAGUGACAAUUACAAACGGUAUUACGAGUAUUCUGACACAGAUGACGUAGUCAUCAUUCCUACCAGAAUCGUGCCCGAACCACCAAGGCGGUCCAGGAGCCUAUUCAUGAAUAAAAACUUUGAGGUCAACCCGUUUUUCGAGGACGACGAAGAGAGCAUCGACUCCGAGUGCGCUUACGAAGAUGAUGAUGAUGAGGUUAAGUCCAAAAUAAAACGGAGCGAAACAUUUCAUUCGGUCCAGAAACAGAUAAAACGAUUUUCGGACCUGGCGCUGAACAGUCACCGCGUGGAGGACGAGGAGAAAAUCAAAGACGGAGGCAGACGAAAAUCGAUAUACAACGUUUUCGGUAACGCGUCCGAGGUGGAAAACUCGAUGUACGCCAACAAUAGACCAGUAACGAGGUCAGCAAGCACUAGGAACGUCAAUGACUCACGAAUACCCGUCAUGAGAUUCGAUCACUGCAAGUCUGAAAGGUCCGUGUACUUACCAAUGGGCUGCAGGGUCACUAAGGAACCCAAGGUUUUCAUGACCCGGGGCCACAACAACGCAGGAUUGUAUUCCGGUUAUAAGGACACCACCACCGCCGCCGGAAAAGACUCAAGUCCUAAGUGCAAGCUGAGUACAGGUGGUAGUUCAAACGGCAUGAAAGCGCUACAGCACAUUAACAUGUCUGUUUCCACGGGGAAGCUCACAGAUUUCCCAUCGGGACUCUAUUAGACUGAACAUGUAGAAUACAUCUACUUUAAAUGAUAAUUUAUUAUUAUUAUGAUAUUAGGGUUAUUUUUAGGCAUUGGCGUUUCAAAUUUAUAUAUUAUAUUCCAUUAUAUUAUUAUAUAGUUUACUCGUAUAGUUUAUUAAAAGAAAAAAAAACACCGAAAGUUUGAAA